AUGACCAUGGUUGGAAUCCUACUUCAAUUAGCAUCGAUUCCAAUAAUAGACACGCCAACCAAAUCGGGAGUAUCUAUUACUAGUAAGUACUCUUCCUCCUUUCCUUUGUCCCACCGCGUUCGGCGAGAAAUAGCCGCAGGACGUAGUAAACUCGCACUGAACGGAUAUGCGAAAAGCGCCAGUCCUGUCUUGGCCAUACGAUGCGAGCUCAGCUGCGCGUCUUUCCAUGGGUCCGAGAAGGAAGCCCGUCUUGCUCCCAUUGUGCAACUCCUGCAGCGUGAAACGUCAGGAUCAUCUUCCCACAGGGGAGUUCUGGUGCAUGCACUCUCGAACGCUGGCGGCCUCCACAUCGUGAAGCUGCGCAGGGUGCUCUCCAGAUUGCACGAGUCGAUGCCAGCCACCACCUCAGGUCCGCGCAUCCCGACAGCCCUCGUCCUGGACUCCGCCCCGUCCGCAAACCUCCUCUCCUUGGCCAUCAACAUCUUUGCGCCGGACAACCCCGUCAUGCACAUGCUAUCGCUGCCCCCGCUCCUCGUGCUCUACGUGAUCUUCUCCACCACCGUCCGCCUCUCCGGGUACCCGCCCCUCCUCCGCGAGCUGCGCGAGACGCUGAACACACCGGGCCUGCUGCCCACGGUCACGCCGGACACCGACCCCGCCGCGACGCCGCGGCUGUACAUCUAUUCGGACGGGGACCGCGUCACACCCGCGCACGAAGUGGAGGCGCACAUAGGCGAGGCGCGUGCGCGGGGCUUCGAGGUGCGUGUGGAACGAUUCGACCGCACGUCGCACGUCGCGCACAUGCGCGAGGACCCGGCGCGGUACUGGCGAGCGGUCAACAGGCUCUGGGCGCGGGCAUCAUCGACGGUCCCGGGGUCGCCCGCUUUGGCAUCCCUGUAG